AUGGAGGGCCUUAUCACCCACGUGGAUCUUUUAGACAAAAGAAAAAAAAAACAGAAGACCGUCUCCUCGCUGCAUUCCCUAUCAUCAUUAGCAUCCUCCAACAUGUGUCAAUCCCCCCUCCACGACUUCAUCCACGGCCUCCCCAAGUGCGAGCACCACGUCCACCUCGAAGGCUGCCUCACCCCCGAACUCAUCUUCCACCUGGCCUCCCGAAAUGGCAUCACCCUCCCCUCGGCCGCCGAAAACCCCGCCUACGCCUCCAUCGCCUCCCUAACAACCCGCUACGAACACUUUACCUCCCUCGACGACUUCCUCGCCUUCUACUUCGAAGGCAUGGCCGUUCUCCGCACGGAACAAGACUUCUCCGAUCUAGCCUGGUCCUACUUCCAAAAGGCGCACGCCGACGGCGUCCACCACGCCGAAGUCUUUUUCGACCCGCAAGUGCACCUGAGUCGCGGGGUGACCUAUUCUACCGUCGUAGCCGGGUUCGCGGCAGGCUGCCAGCGGGCAGAGACGGAUCUGGGCCUGAGCACGAGGCUGAUCAUGUGCUUUGUGAGACAUCUCCCAGUCUCCUCGGCCAAGGAGGUCUACGAAGAGUUUCUGGCGAACGAGCAUUUCCAGGCACAGGUCGUGCACGGACUGGGCUGGUCUUCGUCCGAGGUCGGCCCGCCCAAGGACAUGUUCCGGGAGAUCUAUGCGUCGGCGGCGGCGAAGGGGAUCCCCUUGACUGCCCACGCGGGCGAGGAAGGCGACCCGACGUAUAUCAGUACCGCAUUGGAGUUGGGCGCUCAGCGGAUUGACCACGGGAUUCGACUGAUCGAAGAUCCCGAGCUGAUGAAGCGUGUUGCUGCAGAGGGCAUCUUGCUCACGGUUUGUCCGUUGUCGAAUGUGCGGUUGCGCUGCGUGACGAGCGUGGAGCAGGUGCCGAUUCGCAAAUUCCUGGAGGCGGGCGUCAAGUUCUCGAUUAACAGUGACGAUCCGGCGUAUUUUGGGGGUUAUAUUUUGGAUAAUUAUUGUGCGGUGCAGGAGGCGCAUGGGUUGUCGGUGAUGGAGUGGAGGAUUAUUGCGGAGAAUAGUGUGCAGGAGAGUUGGAUUUCGGAUGAGAGGAAGGCGGAGUUGUUGGAGAGGAUCGAGGGACAUGUGAAGAAGCAUAUGGUUUCGGUGGAUGUUUGA